CAAAGCGUACUUGCUUGCAAACGUUACGCUGAAACUUUCGUUCCGUGUGCCGAAGGAAUGGAUUAACGUAAUUCUGCUUAAAGUUUUCGCGACCUUUGGUUUCAACAAAAAAUAUUUUUCUCAAGUUAUUUUUUUUUUAUGAAAAAAAAAUAUAUUGUGAAAACUACUGUGAAUUUUGCCGGUAAUAUUAUUGUGGACUGAAAGUGUUCGUGUUAUUUUGUUUCCGUUUGCUUGUAAGCUGGUAGACGUGUCCGGUGGGACCGCGUUGGUGGUACCAAGGAUCGAUACUGCGGUAGGAGCGGCAAAGAUCUGGACAAUAUGUUAAGUCGGCAAAGUAAGGCGUGGAGACGUUGAGAGUUUUCACAUGAGGACAAUUUUCUGCAGUCAGCAGGAAGAUGUCCUAAUAUGGGUUGGUCAUGCGUCGUGGCACGCGCCGGAGCCUUCUUGCUGAUGCUCACCAGAGUAUCAGCACUCACAUCCGACAUUUUUGCUGCGGGGAAAUCGGACAAAGAGAUACUGGACAAUCUAUUGAAGAAUUCCCGCUACGACAAAAGACUGCUACCGCCAGUAGACGAUCCAGUGUUCUGUUGUGGUCUUACAACCCCGAACGACACUUUAGCUCAGAAUAGAGUCGGCCUCUCGUCCCUUCGGCCUCAGUCGCACAAUCGUGGCGUCCUCACCGUAAAUGUUAGCGUGCUACUUCUUAGUUUAGCAUCACCAGAUGAAUCUAGUCUCAAAUACGAGGUCGAAUUUCUACUACAGCAGCAGUGGUAUGAUCCUCGACUACGUUAUUCAAACCAGUCUCAUUACGACUUCCUGAACGCCAUACAUCAUCACGAAGACAUUUGGUUACCAGAUACAUAUUUCAUUAUGCAUGGAGACUUUAAAGACCCAAUAAUUCCAAUGCAUUUUGCGUUGCGUAUCUACCGCAACGGCACAAUCAACUAUUUAAUGCGUCGGCAUCUCAUUUUGUCGUGUCAAGGAAGGCUCAACAUUUUUCCAUUUGAUGACCCAUUGUGUUCAUUCGCCUUAGAAAGUAUUUCAUAUGAGCAAUCAGCAAUAACGUAUGUGUGGAAGAAUGACGAGGAUACUCUCCGGAAGUCUCCAUCACUGACAACCCUGAAUGCCUAUCUCAUUCAGAACCAAACCAUACCAUGCCCUAUAAAAGCUAGUUGGAGAGCUGAUGGUAUUUCACUUUACGAGGAUGACGAAGAGCUGACAUGUAAUCUUUGCCAGAGACGCUUUGAGGAGCAAGGUAACUACAGCUGUUUAAAGGUGGAUCUCAUUUUUACGAGAGACCGAGCAUUCUACUUUACUACAGUUUUUAUCCCUGGCAUUAUCCUGGUGACCUCUUCCUUCAUCACCUUUUGGCUGGAGUGGAACGCAGUGCCAGCCCGUUCCAUGAUAGGUAAUUACAGCUGCCUAAGGGUGGACCUCAUCUUCACGCGAGAUCGAUCAUUUUACUUCACCACAGUUUUUAUUCCGGGCAUCAUUUUGGUGACAUCCUCGUUUAUUACUUUUUGGCUGGAAUGGAAUGCAGUGCCUGCUAGAGUUAUGAUAGGUGUUACGACAAUGUUGAAUUUCUUCACAACCUCCAACGGGUUCCGUUCAACAUUGCCAGUUGUCUCAAAUUUAACAGCAAUGAACGUAUGGGAUGGCGUAUGUAUGUGCUUCAUCUACGCUUCUCUACUGGAAUUCGUUUGUGUCAACUAUGUAGGAAGAAAACGACCUCUUCAUAACGUCGUGUAUAGACCUGGAGAAAAUCCCGUUACGCAGCGUCUACCAGCAGUUCUCAGCAGAAUUGGCAUUAUUCUGGCCAGUCCUUUGGAGGCGAUGGCCAUCCUCCAUUGGAGAAAUGAAACUCCCCAACCGGGACCGAGCGGUGCUGGAGAUAAAAAGCGUGAAUCAACGGGUGGUGCGGACUUGGUGACCUGUACAGCAUGUACGGGUGCACCAGGAUCUUGCACUCAUACGACAAACAACGGAGGUGUUACAGAGCCAUGUUUCGUCCAGGUCCGUAAAAAAGAGCCUCCACAUCCAAUCAGAGUGGCGAAGACUAUUGACGUCAUCGCGCGCAUCACUUUCCCGACGGCCUAUGCCGUGUUUCUCAUAUUUUUCUUCAUCCACUACAAAGCCUUCUCUUAAUGCUGCCUUAUCCGUACCCUCGAUGUACAUUUAACCGAAAUGUACCUCGAUAUUUUUCUAAAUCUACUCAUUUAUCACUGCUGUUUUGUACUUUGAGCAAAUCACGAAUCCUAAAUAUUUUUGAUGAAGAAACAAGCUAUUUGUGAUUGUGAUUAUACCUAUGAACUGUUUGUGACAAAAUUUAUGUAGGCGCAUACAAUUAAUAGAGUCGUUGCUGCUUACCUAAUGUUAAGGCAUAUUUGUGAUAGAGUGUUAGUGCGAUUGGAGUUUUUACAGGUUUUGAAAUAGGUUCCAUUAAUUAUACAAGACGAAGAUCGUUUUAAUAUUUAUGAUAGAAUAAUGUGGGAACAAAUAAAUGUUAAAUGUACGCAGAUUGAUUGAUAACUUGAUGGGUUUAUCAUCCUUGUAGUAAAGAAAUCUAUUUCAAACCUCAAUUCAGUCCAAAUGAGUAUUAGCUAUAUUAUAUGAGAGAUUAAUUAAUUUUAUAAACAAUAAAUUAAGCUGUUCACCAAUUAUUAUUAUAGUUGUAGUAUCAUGCAUUUUAGUCUAGUCACUUUCCUACACAAUGUGAUAUUCUGAUUUCGUAUGGAGCGACAUUAUUACCAGCGUUACAUAAAACACGUUUAAAUGCUUAGGUUAAGGUUUCAUUGUAUGUUAUUACUUGUAGACAUUUAAACCUAAAAAGCUCAAAUUGUUAUGUUGUAUAAAGUUUAUUCACCUUUGAUUUAUUCGAUAACAGUACAAAGUUAUUGAAAAAUAUGUAAAAUAAGAAUGUGAGUCACAUUUAUUUACUUUGUCCCAUAUAUGUAUCAAGAUGUACUUUAUGUAAAUUAAAAGCCAUGAACAUGCCUUCUAAGAAAUUUAGAAAAAUAUUUUGUUUCGCCAAAUUAAUUUAUGAAACAAUGAUAAAUCUUAGUAAGAAAAAAAAUGUACAAUUUUAGCUUAGUUGAUUUUUAUGGCUCUGCGGUAUAAGCAAGUAAUAUUUAGUAUUAAUUUAAAUAUAAACAUAAAUGAUUUAACAAGGCUAUUUUCCGAAAUAAUUUGAUAUGAUUACUACAUUAGUGCUCUCUAUACUGUUCCAUAGUUUAGCUUAUAUUUCACAACGUCCAAGAAAAUUCUAAAUAGUUUUAAUAUAUUUUUAUGAAUUCAAAACUGUCUCUCACGUCAUUUAUUUGUGAUGUUACUAUCUAUGAUAAUAUAUCGGUUAGCUGCUUAGGCAAUCUGUAGCUCUACCUGUAGUUUAUGCUUUUUGGGUUUCAAUUUGGAUUGGGUGAUUAAUUUGGAGUUCGAGGCACGGCUACAAAUCGAUGACACCGUUUUACUGAUAAGUUUUUAAAUAAUUAUAAAUCAUAAAUACUAAGAAUAGUAUUAAUCUCUCUGAUUGUUUCUUUGUUAAAUUGUUUUUUUUAUAAUCUUAAGUUAAGCUUUAGUUACAAAGUGUGGGAGCUUGUCGAUAAACAUUGUCAUUGUUUUAAAAAAAUUACCUCAGUACUUCAGUACUCAAAACCAUGGCUUAAUCUCCAAAAUAAGUUUUUAAUUUUCAAAAUGUUUUAAUCCGUCCAGCAACUGCUAUCAAAUUAGACCCUGUCUACAAGAGACCUGUAGAAGUUAUUAUAACCUAUGAUAAAAGAAUUUGCGUAAGUAAAAAAAAAUCUACUACUAUCACUUAGCUUAAUGCAAAUUAAUACUAAAAAUGCAGACGCUACAAUUUACUUGAAAACAUGCUACUAAGGGCAUGCUUAACUUCUUAAUAAGAGUAACCUUGCUACCUAUUUAAAAACACAUCAUUAAAGAUUUCGCAAGCACCUUGCCACGGCUUAUCACUUAAAUUAUGCGGACCAAAGUGUCAACUGUUUUAAAGAUAGUAAUUAAGUAGGCAUAUUGGUAAUUUGUAUAUUGGAAGUACCUAUAUAAGAACACGUUUUGGCUGUGCUUUGAAUAUUAUGAUAGUAUAUACUAAAGGUAUAAAAUAACAAUUCAAUUAUGUACGUAAUUAUUUUGCUGGCGAUAAAAAUACGAAAGAGCUUGUACCUACACGAACGUAGUAAUUUAAAGAGUAUCUGAGCGAAUGUUGGAUGUAUGCCAAUUCAGCUUUAAUAUUAAUCGAAAAUUAAAAGAAAUUUGAAUAUAACUCAUUCGUAGAAAUUAACUUGAUAACGUGAAGUAAAAUCUGUCGUUAGAUGAACUAAUUCGAACGCUACUUAGCCCUUAGCUAACAUAUAAAUGCCACUUUUUGAGCUAACGAUUAUGACGUUAUGCGAAAAAGUGUUAUCAAACUUUCCAAGACAUCAUUAACACAUUUAUUAUUUAAUGUGUGCUGAUUAUUCUAUUUUGCCUUUAGUAUUUCUUUAGGCUUACUAUCAAAAUUAGAUUCAGUACUAGGUAUUUUUAAUAAUCCAUAACAUUUCAAACAACUCUAGCACGAACUUAUAUAUUUUCAUUAAUAAAUCUUAUACCUGAGUACGAUAAUGUGAAUUUGGAUGGAAUAUAUUGACUCAAUUAGUGUAUUCGUACUAGGUACUAUUAUAUUCUAAACAAAAAUAUACUACAUGAUUAAUGAUGUUAUUUGGUUCGUGCUACGGGUUCUCUAAUUGCGCAGAUGUAAAGGCCUGACUUGAGUUUAACUGGUCUCUAGAUUUCUUAUUACUUUGAAUGUUCUAGUAGAAUUCCUUAGAUUUUUUAAAUACUAUCACUUCUAAAUUGGUAACGUCGGCGAAAUUCCCCGUUGAGACUCAGCAUUCCUAUUUUUAUAAAAAAUAACAACGCUUUGCUUAAAUUAUAUUAAGGUAAAAUUACAUAUCAUUCGCUUUAUAAGCUGCAAAAUUAUAUAUAUAUUUGUCAUAAAAUAUAAUGGAGAAAUUUGUAACGGUGAAUGAUUUUGAUGAUAUCUAUGUAUUCGAAAUCUUUACGAUAUUUUGUUGAAAUUACAAAUUCUACAAUUGAAAAUACUUAUAUAAACUAUACAUGUUAUGAUAUUUUAAAUUUAUGGGUACAACCCGCAACCGUUUUGCUACAAAUUUUAAUAUAUAAUUUUCCACACUUAGAUAUUUAAGUAUAUAUUAUGUACCAAGUACCUUCCUAUCCUCAAGCGCCUAUCGCUUUUAUGAAAAAUACCAAAUAAUUAAUCACAUAAGCAUAUAAUUCUUUAAUUUUCUUUAAGUAAUGUUAUAAGGGAUUAAAAGACAGAUUUGGUGGUACUCAAUGUCAUGCAUCACCUUUUCUCUAAUAAUAGAUUAUUAAUUGUCGUGACGAUGUAGCUCUGCAACAACCAGACCGAUUAGUUAACGCCUGAAUUUAUUAUAUGUGAACAUAAGACUUUAUUCAGUAGCGGUAGACAAAAUUUAUUUUAUAUGAACGACUGUGACUACGGCAAUCUGUUUAUAUUGAUUUAUAGUUAGAACAUCUAUCUACAUAAAAAUUAUUAUUUAAUAUCACCACAUUUUGUGACUUUUAACGAUUCUGCCCUUGUAUAAUCAUGAUUGUGUCAAGAGAUAUGAAAGGGUGUUAGGACUCUACACCAUAAGCAUUGCAACUUGGCUGUUUUAAUAUAUAUAUAUAUAUAUAUAUAUAUCAAAAUUUUGAAUGUAAUGUUUUUGUAUAUAUGCUAUGGAAUUGUAGCGUAUAAAAAUAGAUACCUCUUGUCAUAAUCUUUCUACUGCGUAAGGUUUAGAUAUUGUAUUUAGACAUUCAGUUCACCCAAAAACACAUUAGUGAGAUAAUGAACGCUUUGGUAGUUUUUAAAUAAUAUUCAACAGUCAACAGCCAUUAUGUAAGAAAAAGCACUCUAUUAUAUCAUUGAAUGUUAUUAAAUUUAAUUGUAUUGAAGCUUUAUAAUAAAUGAGCCCAUUAUUUAUUUCCACAAAAAAUUAAUAACAAGAUUCAUAGUGUAAACUUUAUCUAACGGCACUGAAAGGACGUUAUAGUGAGUCGUUAAAUGGGGAGAAGAAAAUUUCGAAGAGAAAAAGAAUUAAUUUAUUUCAGACUAGUGUCACAAAAUAACGUACACAGCUGCGCAGUUUGUACUAAUUUUAGAAACUUAAAAAGUAAUUUAUUGCACAAUUGUUGUCAUUAUGGAGAGUGGGUGUACUGCUGUGUAGAGUGUAUCAUUGUAUGGUAGACAUGCUAAACCAUUCAAAACCAAUUAAUUUCGACGCUUGCGGACUUCGUCGUUAAAUCGAGGUACGUUACAUGAAGUUUACACUAUAUGUGGGCAAAACAUUACGACCUGAAGAACAGUGCUGUUUAAUUGUAAAAUUUAAGGAACCGCUAGAAACCCUGACAUUACCUAUUCCUAAAUCUUAAAUGCAAAACGGAAGUCAAACUUUAUAUUAAUUAUUUUAAUUGUAACAAGAGCUAAUUUGUUUCUUUGCAUAUCAUAUUUUUUAGUAAAAACUAAAAAAAUAUACUCAAUGAACUGUAAACUGUAAAGUGAUAAAAUAACAUAACAUAUUAAUGACAUGAUUUGCUAUUCAUAGAAAAUUUACUCCUGAAAACAAGUUAUUUAUUUGAUUAAAGUAGUCGUAAAUUCGGAUUUUUAUGGUAAGUUUAAUUUCUAUACAAUAUAGCAAAAUGUUAAAUUAAACCUUCUUCAACCACGAUAAAUUAGAAUGAUUGUUAAAUUCAUAUGCUAAGUAAAUUAACCUCAAUCUUGAGAAAACUUAACGGCAUCGUUGGUUCAAUACUUGCUCGACAUAAAUUUAGUGUCUUAUACAUGCAUCCUCACGCAACACAUGCGCACGAAAGAUUGUAUUAUAAAUGAAUAAUGUGUAUUGUUGUAUUGUAAAUAAUAUUAAUGUAAAGGUUAUCAACUACAAUUUUCAAUAAAUAAAACACAAGUUCGAAAUAUACAUAGUAUUUCAAAUUACACCCCUAUAGUACAAACGGAGUCAGGUCUCCCGUGCAACAAGAAAAUGUCUACGCGUCAUAUAGCAACAAGAAGAGAAAACUUAAAAUAUAAUUCCGACCUAGCUCAAAAGUAUAUUUUAAUAAGAUCUCUAUAACAACAAUUACAAUUUUCUGUGAACGAAAUAUGAUUAAAUGCACAAUCAUUCCAGG